CGCAUACUGCGGGGUGUGAUGGGGCCGGAGCCGCUGAAGAGUUGCGAGUCGGCAAAAGCGGCGGGAAGUUCGUAUUGAGCAGCUGGCGACGGGUCUGCGGCUCGGGAAAUCCUCUGAAAAGGAACAAGGAGAUUGAGACACAUCGAUUUCAUAUUCUCUGAAACUCGGAGACUUCUUUUACUCUGAACCAGAAAUGAAAAUGCCUCGUGUAAAAGCAGCUCAAGCUGGAAGACAGGGCCCUGCAAAGAGACAUCUUGCAGAACAUUUUGCAGCCGGGGAGAUAAUCACUGACAUGAACAAAAAGGAAUGGAAACUAGGAUCACCCAUUGGCCAAGGUGGCUUUGGUUGUAUAUAUCUUGCUGAUACGAAGUCUUCAAAAUCGGUGGGCAGCGAUGCACCCUGUGUUGUAAAAGUGGAACCCAGUGACAAUGGACCUCUUUUUACUGAAUUAAAGUUCUACCAGCGAGCUGCCAAACCAGAGCAAAUUCAGAAAUGGAUUCGUACCCAUCAACUGAAGUACCUGGGUGUCCCUAAGUAUUGGGGGUCUGGUCUACAUGACAAAAAUGGAAAAAGUUACAGGUUUAUGAUAAUGGAUCGCUUUGGGAGUGACCUUCAGAAAAUAUAUGAAGCAAAUGCCAAAAGGUUUUCUCGGAAAACUGUCUUGCAGCUAAGCUUAAGAAUUCUGGAUAUUCUGGAAUACAUUCACGAGCAUGAGUACGUACACGGAGAUAUCAAGGCCUCAAAUCUUCUUCUCAGCUACAAGAAUCCUGACCAGGUGUACUUGGUAGAUUAUGGCCUUGCUUAUCGGUACUGCCCAGAAGGAAUUCAUAAAGAAUACAAAGAAGACCCCAAAAGAUGUCACGAUGGCACGAUUGAAUUCACCAGCAUCGAUGCGCACAAUGGUGCGGCCCCAUCAAGACGCGGUGACUUGGAAAUCCUUGGUUAUUGCAUGAUCCAGUGGCUUAGCGGCCAUCUUCCUUGGGAGGAUAAUUUGAAAGAUCCCAACUAUGUUAGAGAUUCCAAAAUUAGAUACAGAGAAAAUAUUGCAGGUUUGAUGGACAAAUGUUUUCCUGAGAAGAGCAAGCCAGAUGAAAUUGCUAAGUACAUGGAAACAGUGAAAUUACUGGAUUAUGCCGAAAAACCUCUUUAUCAACAGUUACGAGAUAUUCUUUUGCAAGGACUGAAAGCUGUAGGAAGUGAGGAUGACAGCAGGCUGGACCUCAGUGUUGUGGAGAACGGAAGUUUGAAAGCAAAAGCAAUAACAAAGAGAAAGAAAGAAAUAGAGCGGAGCACAGAACCUGGUGUUGAAGAUAUGGAAUGCUCAGAUACACAGACAUUCGAGGCCCCACAAACCCGUUCGAAAACCAGGAAGAGAGUCCAGAAGUAAAUCAAAUACUGUGAACCAGUUUUUCUUUUCCUUUCAUUUGACUCUUUCCUCUUUUUCUGUAUUAAGUGUUUUAUUUUCAUGUGAGUCUUGUGGAGUGGGGGAAACAAUGAAGUACCUAUGUCUUUGAAAAGCAGACUUUUUUUUUAAAUACUUUGUAGAAUUUACUAAAGCCUAAUUUAUAAAAUUUCACAGUAUUAAAGUUAUACCCCUUAAGCUGUCCCAUGCUGUGUGUUUGAGGUUCUGGGGUACAUAUAAGAAAUAUUACUAUGACAUGCACUUUUCUAAUCGUUGUGUAUUUCCUAGAGUGUAUAAAAUGUUUGACAAAAUCCUUACUUUUAAGGAAAUACACAACUUAAAUUAAACGUCUCUUUUUGCUUGAUACAAAUACACAAUUUGUUGUGGGCAUAAGAUUUGUUUUGUAUUGAUCUUGCUCAGUUCCACAAGCAUUUAUUAAGCACCUGCUCUAGGAAAUGAGAGGUACAAAGAAGAGAAAAGAUUAUGAAAUAAAAAAUGGAGUAGUAAGUAUAUCUGUGAGAGAUGAAAUACAUGUAUUUGAAAGAUUACAUGAGAAUUAUGUAAGUAUGCAAGCUGUAUGAUAAGAAAACAGGCAAUUAUCAAGUGGUGGACGGAUCAAAGAUUUUU